AGCGCGAGCGCCAGCGGCACAGUGUACAACCGUAGGAGAAGCGCGUACAGGGCGCGAGCCGGACUGUGACCGGGUUAUGGCACGAAUCUGAGACUGAACCUGGAGCGCGUCCUGACUCGGGCAGCUCAGAGAUGCGGAGCCAUCGGUGUUCGGCUCACUCGAGUUAUUUGUGUUACUUGACUGUUUGCUUAACUGGGUGUCCUGGAUCUCUCAGUCACACCCUGUGUGUGUUCAGACCAAGCUGCCACCAUCAGCUCUGUACACAGGGUUAAAUGCUGGACCUGGCUGAGGAGAGCAGGGCUGCAAAACCACCAAGAAACCACGCAGGAUGUCUUGGGUCAGCGGCUUUUUAGUCACCCGUGCGGACGAGCACAAGACGGCGUGGGGCGAGCGCAAUGGGCGCAAGCGGUGGCGUAAGAGGGACUGGCGCCGACGCUACAUGAGCUGCCUGGCUGACCCCGAAGCCGCCGAGGCUCCUCCCCACGCCGGAGCCGGCGCCGGAACGAGCACCUUCAGCACACGCUGCGUCUGGCAAGAAGACCACUACGGGAAGAAAGGAGACCUUACCAUUGAGGAUGGCGAAUCUAAAAGGAUGAAGGAAGAAGACGAGGACGAGAAGGAAGAGGACGGCGAAGUGGGCACGACCGUUUUAGGGUGCCUGUCGCAGCUCGUGCACGUUUUCCAGUCCAAGCAGUUCGAGUCGGCGAAACUGGAGCGCCUCUACCAGCGCUAUUUCUUCCGGUUGAACCAGAGCUCGCUGACCAUGCUCAUGGGCGUGCUUGUGCUGGUGUGCGGACUCAUGCUGACAUUUCACUGUGUGCUCAGGACUCAGGAUGUAAAUGUCCCCUACGUGUCUGUACUCGCCGUAGCGAUGGCGCUCUUCCUGUCCAUGAUGGUGGUGUGUAACCGCACCGGCUUCCACCAGGACUGCAUGUGGAUAGUGAGCUACCUGGUAGUGGCGGUCCUGGUGGUGGUGCAGUCGUUCGGCGUCUUCAUGGUGGAACCACGGAGCGCCUCGGAGGGCGUCUGGACUUCGGUGUUCUUCGUCUAUAUCACCUACACACUGCUGCCUGUGCGCAUGACAGCGGCGGUGCUGUGCGGAGUGGCGCUCUCCUGCAUCCACCUGAUCACAGCCUGGCGCCUCAACCUGGAGGACAGCUUCCUCUGGAAACAGUUAUGUGCAAAUGGACUAAUUUUUCUUUGCACCAACAUCAUUGGGAUCUGCACGCACUACCCAGCUGAGGUGUCUCAGAGACAAGCCUUUAAAGAGACCAGAGGCUACAUCCAGGCCCGACUCCACCUGCAGAGAGAGAACCAGCAGCAGGAGCGCCUUCUGCUUUCGGUGCUGCCCCGACAUGUUGCCAUGGAGAUGAAGGAAAAUAUCAACGCCAAGAAGGAAGAUAUGAUGUUCCACAAGAUCUACAUACAGAAACACGACAACGUCAGCAUCCUCUUCGCAGACAUCGAAGGCUUUACAAGUUUGGCGUCUCAGUGCACAGCGCAGGAGCUGGUGAUGACACUUAAUGAACUGUUUGCUCGUUUUGACAAAUUAGCCUGGGAGAACCACUGUCUCAGGAUAAAGAUCCUGGGCGAUUGUUACUACUGUGUGUCUGGCUUGCCGGAGCCGCGAGCGGAUCACGCGCACUGCUGUGUAGAGAUGGGAGUGGACAUGAUAGAGGCCAUCUCGCUGGUGAGAGAAAUCACCGGUGUCAACGUGAACAUGCGGGUCGGGAUCCACAGCGGGCGCGUGCACUGCGGAGUUCUGGGCCUGCGCAAGUGGCAGUUUGAUGUCUGGUCCAAUGACGUCACACUCGCCAACCAGAUGGAGGCUGGAGGCAAAGCAGGACGUAUCCACAUCACUAAAGCUACACUGCAGUAUUUAAACGGGGACUACGAAGUGGAGCCGGGCUUCGGCGGAGAGAGGAACGUCUACCUCAAAGACAACAACAUCGAGACCUUCCUGGUGCUCGGCUGCAGCCAGAAAAGAAAAGAAGAAAAGGCUAUGAUGGCUAAACUGCAUCGCGCCAGAGCCAACUCAUCUGAGGGGUUAAAGCCUCGCUGGGUGCCUGAGAGAUCCUUCUCUAGGAACAAAGACUCCAAAGUUUUCAGGCAGAUGGGUAUUGACGAAGCCUCAAGCAAAGACAACCGAAGUGCUCAGGAGGCCCUGAACCCCGAGGAUGAGGUGGACGAGUUUUUAGGACGUGCCAUAGAUGCUCGCAGCAUCGAUCAGCUACGCAAAGACCAUGUCAAGAAGUUCCUGCUCAGGUUUCAGACACCGAUUCUAGAGAAAAAGUACUCUAAGAAGGUGGAUGAUCGAUUCGGGAGUUACGUGGCCUGUACGCUGGUGGUGUUUUGCUUCAUCUGCUUCAUCCAGAUCACAGUUUUUACACACACAACACUAAUGCUUGGCAUCUUCAUCAGUAUCUUUAUAAUCCUCGCCAACAUCCUCUUCGUAUGUGCCAUCUACUCCUGUAUUAAGCUCUUCCCUGUGGUCUUGCAGAAGGUGUCAAAGAAGAUAGUCGAGUCUCGCACUAACAGCACAUUAGUAGGAAUCUUCACCAUACUGCUUCUGUAUCUCUCCGCGUUUGUCAACAUGUUCACGUGUGACAGGGAGGGUCUGAUUCAGUGUGUAGCUCAGGACCGGAACAUCUCCGAGAGCGCCGUGACACUGUGCUUUCUGCAAAACCUGACCCACACCGCGGACGACACACUCGCGCUCUGUCCCAGCCACAAGAUACCGUGUCCUUUCCCUGAGUAUUUCACCUACAGUGUGCUGCUGACUCUGCUGGCCUGCUCUGUCUUCCUGCACAUCAGCAGUAUAGGCAAGCUGGCAUUAAUGCUGCUCAUUCAGCUCAGCUUCUUGCUGCUGGUCGAGUGGCCUCUCGUGGUGCUGUUCGAUAACACCGACCUGCUGGUGUCCGCCAACGCGCUGUCUGGUUUCAAUAAAACAGAGCCUUGCUCUGAGAAUGUGAGCAAGGUGCCACUGAAGAUGAUGACGCCGGUAAUCCUCACCGUAUUCGUGCUGGCGCUGUAUCUGCACGCACAGCAGGUCGAAUCCACCGCACGCCUCGACUUCCUGUGGAAACUACAGGCUACAGAAGAGAAAGAGGAGAUGGAGGAGCUGCAAGCCUAUAACCGUCGUCUCCUUCAUAACAUCCUGCCGAAAGAUGUGGCUGCCCACUUCCUGGCCCGGGAGCGGUGCAACGACGAGCUUUACUACCAGUCAUGCGAGUGCGUGGCUGUGAUGUUCGCCUCCAUCAGUAACUUCUCCGAGUUCUACACGGAGCUCGAGGCUAACAACGAGGGCGUGGAGUGCUUGAGACUGCUCAACGAGAUCAUCGCUGACUUUGACGAGAUCAUCAGUGAAGAUCAGUUCAAGCAGCUAGAGAAGAUCAAAACGAUAGGAAGCACGUACAUGGCGGCGUCGGGCCUGAACGACUCCACGUUCGACAGAGAGGGCCGCUCACACAUCUUGGCGCUAGCUGACUACGCCAUGAGGCUACGGGAGCAGAUGAAGUACAUCAACGAGCACUCGUUCAACAACUUCCAAAUGAAGAUCGGGUUGAACAUCGGUCCUGUGGUAGCUGGUGUGAUCGGAGCCCGAAAGCCGCAGUACGACAUCUGGGGAAACACGGUCAACGUGGCGAGUCGCAUGGACAGUACGGGAGUACCUGAUCGCAUCCAGGUGACCACCGAUCUGUACCAUGUGCUCGCCAGUAAAGGGUACCAGCUGGAGUGCCGCGGCCUCGUCAAAGUCAAGGGGAAAGGAGACAUGACCACGUACUUCCUCAACAGUGGCCCUUCAAGCAGUUAACACUGAUCACAUGCCUCCAGUUGCACUGAAGUGAACAGAGACGAAACUCUAAGUGGAACAUCAAGCGCACUUUUUUCUCUCGUUCUUUUCUUUUUCUUUUCUUUUUUUUUUUUUUUUUUUGCCAGUUUGGAGUAUAACCACUGAAGGGCUCGCAGCCGAGCCCCGUAACGGAGGUGUUGAACACAUGCACACACUGAGAACAAGUUCUCAUUCUUAGCUGCUCUCACAGACCGUCCGAUCGAGUGAGCUGUCUAAGAGCCGUGGCCUUAGAUGGAAACAAGAAGGAUUGCGUUUAAUUAUUUUUUUGACCGAUUUUUAAAGAAACGACAAACAUAAAAAAAAUGCACAAAUACACAUAUAUGCAAGGAUGAAGUAAGAAUGCAGACGACCAAAGAACAAAAAAUGUUUGAUAUAGGAACACUACAUAUGUUUCAUAAGUCUGAACAAUUUCCAGUUGACAGAUUGACUUUUUUUUUCUUUUCCUUUUUUUUUUUAUGAUUGUCGACACGACCACACGUUUUGUUCUCUGAUGCAAUUAAGACUCUUUCUCGCCAUGUACGGUACCAUGAAGGCUUCGGAUAUCAGAGAGGGUAAAAAAAAGCAAAAAAACUUUAAUUCAUGGCUUAUUGGUACAUUUUUAUAGUGUUUUUUCGGGGACUCUGGGAACCAUGAAGUGAAGAAACAGAACUGUAUGAAGGACAGACGUUGACGCCGGGCAUGGGAAAUGUAUUUUAUUGUUUAUGUUGUCGUAAGUUAAAUACGUGUGGGUGUCCGUGUGAGAUCAAGCGAGCGAGCGUGAAUCCAUCGUCAUCUUUUAAAGGGCAUAACUUGUCACUGUGAGAUUUAUAUAAUCUAUGUGCAAUUAUUUUAUUGCCAAAUCGACUGCUCCCAGGCAUGUCUGACUUUCCUUAUCAACGUUUCUUUCUCUGUCCAUUCCUCGUAAAUGAGUUCAUUUCCUUAAUUGUAUUCCAGUUCCUUGUUUCGUUCUAAAAGGAGAAAAAAAAAAACUAGCAGUGAUGUUGCCACCGUGCUGGUUUUAAAUGCUUUUAUUUUUUGAUCCUUCUUAUAAAAAUGUUUCAAUCUACAGAUCGUUUAUCAUUUCAGGUAAUUAUACUCAGUCCAAUGUCGAGUGACCAAAAGAAAAAACAACAGUUCAGUGACUUAAAUAAAUGUGUUCAUAGAUUUGUGUUCAACAGAUUGAACAUAAAGCGAGUAGUAUAUUAAGUGCAAAACAAAUGAACCACUCUUCGGUUCAUUACCAAGAAAAAUCGUACAAAUUAUACUGUAGGUUUACCACACAGUGUGUUGCAUAAGUAUUGACACCCCCCAACCCCCUUCCACAUUUCUGUAGAGAUGAAAUGGACCUAUAAUGUUAAAAAGCGUAUCCGCUGCACACAGCUGUAGUACAUUCGGUUAGUCACUGAGUAAACAAGCCGACGUCUACUUUAAUUAGAGUUUGAAAACUCAAAGAGUUUUGACACCCCGACCUUCAACGUGUGCUAGUGUCAAAUCACCAGCUUCUAAACCUGUUUGUCAGACAUACUGUACACCCAGCUCUCUAAAGCUCUGGAGAGAGACUGACACAUUGGACCGAUUACGCAACGUUACACUGGAAAACACAAAUUCGUUUAUCUCGGAAAAGUGUUGCUACUAUCAGGACGAAAUGUUCCCCCUUUACCAUUAUCACCCAAUAGCAAUACGCCCAAUCUGAAACCGACAUCAGGUAUCUGUCUGACACUGUACUCGUACUCGUAAACGCUAUGUCAAACAAACCUAAUGCUAACGCGGUAAAGAAAAGAAAACAAGAAAAAGGAAGUCUUUUGACAAUUUAAUGGCAACAAUAAACUAUCCGGAAUCAGA